AUGAAUGUUAGCAUGAUCAUGAAGGUGAAAAUUUGUUCCCAGGAGGUAAUGAAGCUAGCAAAUAUUGAGGAGAGCCUUUUUAGACAAAGAUCCAAGAUUGAUUGGAUUAGGCUAGGGGACAAUAAUAAUGCUUACUUCCAUGCAAAUCUCAAAAGUAAGUAUAAGCAAGCUCAAAUAAGUAAGAUGAUAAACAAAUAUGGUAAUACUCUUGUGACAGAUGACCAAAUUGAGAAGGAAGUUUACAGGUUCUACCAGGCUUUGGUGGGUGUUGCUGCUACUAAUCUAAAGAAAAUUGAUAUAGAGGUAAUGAGGGAUGGUAAGCAGUUGAAUAAAGACCAUUGUCAGAACCCCGCUGCUCUUGUUACUGAUAGGGAAAUUCAUCAGACCCUGAUGAAAAUAAGUGAUUUGACUUCUUCUAUAGCAGAUGGGUAUGGAGCCAGUUUCUUCAAGGCUUCUUGGUAUAUCCUAAAGGCUGAUACCAUUGAAGCAAUCCAAGAUUUCUUUUUGAAUGGGAAAUCCCUAAUAGAUUUAUCAGCUGGACCAUGA